AUGGCGCAAACCGAGACAGUCCCCGUUACUAUACCUGCUGAACAACAAGGCCCUCAGACCAGACCGGUAGAGCCUGAAAGGCGCCUGAAAGAUGGUGAUAUCCAGAUUGAAAUAUGCACAGUAGACGAUGCAAUGACGCUUGCACAUGGACUUCGUGCCUGCUAUUCUGCAGAAACCUGGGACAAGAAAGAGCCGGCCGCACAGGGUCGCCCAGAUUCCGAAAGAAUAGAGCGGCUAGCCAAACGCCUUGUUCCUGUGCUCGCACAUUCAGAGUACACCUUUAUCAAAGCCGUGCUCGCCUCGACGGGCGAGGCCAUCGGUGCAGCGUGCUGGGGUCGCCCAGAUAAGAACAUUGCCCACGACCCCUUUCGCCGCAGCGCCAUCUCAUUCUACAACUGGCACGAGUCCCUAGGCUGGAGUGACGCGCUGGUCGACGAGUUGUGGUCGGGUGUGACGGACAGUUGGCACCAAGGGCAGGCUAAGGAUGACGAGGAGCGGGCGCAGAUUAUGAAGGGCGAGGCGCAUUGGUUUCUUGCGCUGCUCAUCACGUGGCCCGACUUCCAGGGCCGCGGAGUUGCGAGGAGACUGCUUGACUGGGCGAUUGAGCAGGCAGACGCAGAGGAGCCGCCGACGCCCAUGUAUCUCAAGUCGAGCAAGAUGGGGAGGCGGGUGUAUAUGCACGUGGGGUUUGUGCCUGUGGGGGAGAAUACGAUGGUUAGGCGGGGACGGGUGGAGUAG